AUGUUGAUUCUUGUCCAAGACUGUCGCGAAAUUGAUAGAUCGCUUAAAAAGAAUAGAUUAAAUAUCCAUUGCACUAUGGCACCAGCUCCUAUCGAUCCGCGGAUCGUUGACGUCGCCGAGCCCCAGAAGGACACACUUGCCCUUCCAGCAGCCAGCCGCGAACGGCUUGUAAAAGCGGAAAUUGAUCUUUCCAAUGGGUAUCCAUAUCGGCCUUCCCGACCUCUGUACUCGGACGAUGUUUACAACAUCCGAAACUAUGAUCGCCCACAUGUAGAUCCGGGCACUCGUGCCGACCCCGAGAAGAAGGCGUUGUUGUCCGCAGCAAAAGAAGUGAUUCACCUAACCAGGCACAUCGGAACCGAGAUCGUGGGACUGCAGCUUAAAGACUUGACUGACCAACAGAAGGAUGAGCUGGGCCUACUGAUUGCAGAACGAAGUGUUGUCUUCUUCCGGGAUCAGGACCUCUCGCCCCAGCAACAGAAGGCCCUUGGUGAAUACUUUGGAGAGGUCGAAGUCCAUCCUCAAGUACCCCAGGUACCGGGUCUACCGGGCGUCUCGGUUUUAUGGCCCGCUCUCCAAGCCACAGAACGAGCAGCUAGUUAUCGUCGACCGGGUGGAGCUUCUCGUUGGCACACUGACCUAGUUCAUGAGCGCCAACCGGCAGGGGUGACACAUCUUCACAAUGACGCCGUCCCGACCAUCGGCGGAGAUACUCUCUGGGCCAGCGGGUAUGCUGCAUACGAGAAGUUGUCCCCGGAGUUCCGUAAAAUCAUCGAUGGAAGAACAGCCAUCUAUCGAUCUGCACAUCCGUAUCUAGACCGCAAGGACCCCGAAGCCGGUCCGAAAUAUAUUGAACGAGAGCACCCGAUUGUCCGAGUCCAUCCGGCGACGGGUUGGAAGGCGCUGUGGGUAAACCGUGCGAUGACUGAUCGGAUUGUCGGACUCGACAAGGCGGAGAGUGAUGUUAUUCUAGGGUACCUAUUCGAUGUAUACGAAAAGAAUAUUGACAUUCAGGUGCGCUUCAAGUGGACACCUCGGACUAGUGCUUUGUGGGAUAACAGGUUAGUGAACGUCCUUUGGUUUACCAUCUUCCUUCUAUGGGGAACUAACCCUGGGCAGAAUUACCAUUCACAAUGCCAGUUGGGAUUACGAAGGCUCGGAGCCCAGACAUGGCACUCGAGUCACGGCCCUCGCGGAGAAGCCUUUCUUCGACCCCAACGCCCCGACCCGAAGACAGGCUUUGGGCUUGCUGGGCCCCGAUGA